UCGAACUCAACGACAGAAGAAACGCGAAAAAUGUCUGGAAGAGGGAAAACCGGAGGCAAAGCCAGAGCGAAGGCAAAGACCCGCUCCUCUCGUGCCGGGCUCCAGUUCCCAGUCGGCCGUGUCCACAGGCUGCUCCGCAAAGGGAACUACGCUCAGCGAGUUGGCGCCGGAGCUCCGGUGUACCUGGCAGCCGUGCUGGAGUACCUGACCGCUGAGAUCCUGGAGCUGGCUGGAAACGCUGCCCGCGACAACAAGAAGACCCGUAUCAUCCCCCGCCAUCUGCAGCUGGCCGUCCGCAACGACGAGGAGCUCAACAAGCUGCUGGGCGGAGUGACCAUCGCUCAGGGCGGCGUGCUGCCCAACAUCCAGGCCGUCCUGCUGCCCAAGAAGACCGAGAAGCCCGCCAAGAAGUAAACACUCGGAACCGGCUUCAACCAA